AUGCUAUACGUACGAAAGCGCUACACCCCGGUAGUCGGAGCUUCAAAGAUUUAUGGCUAUUAUCACUUUGUCCGCGGGGUCGACACCUCCCACGGCGCGGCAAUAUCGGCCUACAUCGUCGAUAUAGUCCGAAACAAAGGCCUUGACCCACUGCCCUGGGUAGCUGCAGGGGGAUGGGAAGUUGCGUCAGCCACAUUCGCGGCCUACAACAUUCUUUCCAAAGCCGACGUAACUAUUCACGUGGAUUUCCCUGGCUCCACCUCGGCCACAGCUGCCGGUGCCGACGGACGCCCGCUCGAGCUUUCCGACCUCUUCUGGUCUGAGGUAGUGGUCAGCUCUGUUUUGCGAGACUUCUCUGGUGCUGGAGAGGCUCCCUUGUACCCUUGUUUGCAUGUCAUCUCUUCGUCCGGCGCGCUACGAAUGGAAUCCAUUUUCUUCGACGCCGCUACUGAUUGUGUCAAUCGUUGGCAUCUUUCUGGGACGGACUCACUUGCUGGCGUGACCUCUUAUGCCUCGCACUCUCGAGUUGCCACUGCAAUUCUCAACAACCUCGUUUCCUUCGCUAGAUACGACACUGCUGCUGAGUUUUUUCAACGCCAACGCAUUUGCAAUUCCGACCGUGAUUGCGCGGUGCAUGCCGCUUCAGCGGCCCGCUUGAAGGGAGAUAUUGCAUUGGCGAACUCGAUCGUGGACGAAGUCUUACGUGAUGAUCCUGACUCUCAGUUAGCGUGGUUGGAACGUGCAAAGAUUCACCGAUCUUGCGGCGAGCCUGAUAAGGCUUUGGAAGCAGCGAAGAAAGCUGCAUCUCGCCCUAACCAAACUAUUGAGGUUUGGAUUGUGCUGGCCGAUUUGUACGUGGACCUUAAGGCAUAUUCCCAUGCGCUCGUUGCCUUGAAUUCAGCCAACAUGCCUCAGCCAUCCCUUGAUCACUUUUUGAGGGGACUACUACCUAAUCGCAAAAAUCUCACAUCCCCGGUCGCGGGCGCCUCCCAAGGCAAUGAUGCCGUGCGCAUACUUGCGAACCAGCUGCGAGAGGAAAGGAAUAUGUCCGAUCAAAAGACGGAAGAUACCCUGGCUGACUUGCCUGGGAAGCUAAUGACUGAGGUAGAACGAUCGUGCUACGCGGUGUUGGUGAAGAUCUUAAAUGAAUUAUCAUGGGAUGAAAUGCUUGCAGUGCGAGGAGAGUGUUUUGUCAUGCAGGCGGAUGUGGAGAAUGGGCAGAGUUCGUUGGAUAGAGACGGGGAAGAUGACAGCAGUAGUGACCCGAGUGACGUCAUUAGCGAUGGCGAGAAUGGUGGCGCUGCAAGCGAGAACGAUCAGGUUGGUCUCAAUAUGGCAAGAAAUUCUGACGGUCAUCGCCAAGAAGGGACCAGGAAUGGUCUGAUGGAUGAAGAAGUUCUUGGGGGAAGUCAGGAAUUGGCACAAGCUGCCGCGGUCGACAUUUCCAGUCUCCCCAAUGACGAGACUCUGGAAGGAGCCACCACCAUGAAUGGCUCUUUAUCUAGUGCACGCGAGGAUGAGGCUAUCCCUGUCGAUCGACUUCUGCGAAAGAAGAGGUCUGAGAAAUCGGGCAAGCAGGUGUGCAAACCAUGGCUAGAUUAUCUAGUUUUGAACAUGUUUAAAGAUUUACGAGCAAUGGCUAGGUGGAAUCAUGAGGAACAGCAGCACUCUGCUGCAGCGGCUUUGGCAGCCGGUGCCCAGGUGAAGAGGUCUCAGAAAGCCGCGGGAGAUGGCGAUUCCGGGUCUUCAUCUUCGUUUCGCGAGGAUGUAGAGAAUCAGGGUUUGUACAAUGAUUAUCGGCGGUCGGCUGAUGAGGUUGCGGCCACAACACGGCGACCAGCGGCUGAUUGGCUGCGGAGGGGUGAAUUAGCGUUGAGGUUGGGAAAAGUUGAAGAAGCAAAAACAGCAUAUUGGACGUGCAUAAAGCUGGCUGCUAAAGAAAAGGUUGUGGCGGUCACCUCUUUGUGCAGAGUAAUGGCGCUUGCAUCUGAUGAAGGAGACACAAGAACAACGCUACGAUGCGCAGAUGCUAUUUGGAACUACUUGGAUGCGAAUUCGGAUCGCAAGCCAUCAUCCAAAAGAACAUCUCCUGUACAUGACAUUAGUGCAUGCGUCUUUCGCAUAAUCUCAAAGAGCGGUUUGCGCGCAGUGCGCGAAACUGCAACUUCGAAUGUCGAAAUAGAUUUGAAGAGGAUGGAGGGAUUGCUUCUAGACUCUGUAGCUCUUCAAGUAGACGGCUUCUCCCGCUAA